AUGGGUUAUGCCUCUUACAGGGUAUAUAGGAGAUGUGGUGGAUUCACAAACGAAGCUGUGUACCCUUUGGCCUUGUAUGGAAGUCAGCUAGUACUGAAUUGGGCUUGGGCACCAAUCUUCUAUUUAUGUCAUAACAUAGGAUUAUCCGUAUGGCAUUUGGUGGCGAUCGACAUAGCAGCCGUAGCCUGCACAACCAGCUUUUAUCAGACAACGCCAAUAGCAGGACACCUUAUGCUGCCAUACCUUGGGUGGUUGGCCUUCGCAACCUGCUUGAACUAUACGAUAUGGAAACUAAACCCAUAA